UAGAUCAAUUAUUCUACGAGCCAAUUAAUUUUGUCUCUCGCCUAGCAUCGAAGACUGCAUCAACUUCUCUAACUAUGAUAUGCAGAGCAGUGGCACUUCAACUACAGCCUACAUCGUCCAUAAAAAAUGCGAACCUUACAACUUUGGAAUUUAUAUACAUGUUUCAAGAUAUUAAUUUGCAUGUGCCAAUCAGUGAACACCAGAAGAUAUGGCAACAUCCACAAUUUGACGCGAAUCGAAAAUUAGUGAUUUUAGCUUCCGGCUGGCGAAACACAGUGAAUGAGUCCAAUAGUGUGGGAUUAAUAUCGCAAGCUUUAAUUGAACUUGGAAAUGUUAACGUCGUGGUUGUGGAUGUGGCCAACUUAGUGGACACGUUUUAUAUGUGGUCGGCUCUGAAUACAAAUACGAUUGGCGAUUUAAUUGGUGAGGCUCUGAAGCGAUUGAUAGAACUAGUGCCAGCUCAAUCUAAGGAAAUCCAUCUUAUUGGCCAUUCUAUUGGCGCACAUGUAAUGGGCUCUGCUGGUCGAAAAUUUCUGCAACUUACUGGAAAGUUGUUACCACGCAUCACUGGAUUGGAUCCUGCGAAACCGUGUUUUCGUUUGGACAAUAACAUACACAGUCUAGCGCGUGGCGACGCACUCUUGGUUGACAUAAUACACACGAACGUUGAUACUCUGGGCGUAGGCGAUCCGGUCGGUGAUCUUGACUUUUAUCCCGGAGGAUACAAAGCUAUACAGCCCAGCUGCCAGACUGCCGGCUGCUCGCAUGCCCGUGCCAUUAAAUACUUUGCAGAUAGUGUUUAUUCACGAAAGGAGUGCGUUUAUCUGGGUAGGAAAUGUAAUUCAGUUAAGGAUUUGAGCAAAGUAUCGUGUAAAUCUACCGUUACCUCGACAAUGGGCUAUGUGAUUAAUGAAACGGUGAGAGGUAUUUUAAACGUACAAUUGAGUGGUGCUAGAAAAUGUGAAACAUAG